GAGAAAUUACCAAAGAACAGCUCCAAACCCGGUGAAGAAAGUUGUCAGAGAACAAAUUCAAAAUUUCCAAGAAACCUACCAGAGAACAGUUCCAAAUCUGGAGAAGAAGUUGCUAGAGAAAGCCCCAAUCCUGCUCCAAAUCCGGCGAAGAAAAUUACCAAAAAACAGCUUCAAAAUUUUCAAGAAACCUACCAGAAAAGAACUACAAACCCGGCAAAGAAAAUUACAAAAGAAAAACUCCAAACCUGGAGAAGAAAUUACAAGGAAAAAUCUCCAAACCCGGCAAAGAAACUAGAAAGCUGA